GCAGGACUGCUCAAAGGGGACAGGUUGUCACUACGUGAAGUAUAAACUACUGUUAAUUACGAAGUAGACAGCAGCGUUGUUACUGUACAAAAUAACUACGUUUUGGGUAUCAAGAAAAUAAAUACCACGGGUACAGCACUCAGUUGGAGAAUUACUACCUACGACUAGUCUGCGUUAGAAACCACAUAAGAACCUCAACGACUGGCAGCGUACCGAUUUAAAACGACGUAAAGCACAAACUUGUUGGAUUCUGUCUGUGUCACGAUAUAUAUAUAUGUGUGUGUCUAAUGUAAUUAAUACUAUGGGAUUUCAAAAGCCAAGAGGGUAACAACAGUAUACUUAAUAUUUCCUGUGAAAAUGAUCUUAAUUGCUGGUUUACUACUGUAACAGAUUUUCGAUUGCUCAUGGCUCAUCGCUCUUGUCAAUUCGGUAAUCUAUUGGUUGAGUCUUAUUACGUUCAGCAUGGCGACUGCUGUUGCAGGAACCACUCGAUCGACUAGCAUUUCUGGGGGACUCUUCCAGGAAGGUAUACGGGCUGUGUUAGAAAGUUGGGCAGUAUUGCGGAUAGCAGUACAAAAUGGCUUUGGAGGAGUAAGCAGCCAAGAAAAGGCAGACUGGAUGGUCACAGCUGUUGAGCAGUAUUUCUAUGAUAAUGAUGAUCUGGAGCCUUGCGAAGUGGAAGAUUUACUUUCUGAGCUGCUGAAUAACGAAUUUGAUACAGUGGUGGAAGAUGGCAGCUUACCCGAGGUGGCUCUGCAAAUCUGUACGUUUUUUAGCCAGUGUCGAAUGGGCAAAGAAGGAGAGGUCAGGCAGAAAAUUGCUCAGCUCUCUCGGACACAUUCUAGUGUGGAACUGAAGAUAGUGAAAGAAGCAGGGCAUGAAGAGAGUGACGAGAGUGAGGAAGAUGAAGAUGAAGAGGAAGAUGAACAGAUGGAGGUUAUGGAGUGUGAGACUAGCUCAACUGUGCAGUCCUGCCAGAGUGCACCUUCUGUUUCUGAAGGUACCAACCCACCUCCAACUUUUGAGGAGAAUAACAUGGAAGAUGGCUGGACUGUUGUUCGAAGGAAGAAGAAAUGAACAUUGUGUGUAAAGCCUUAGUAACCCAUCAUUUAUGUAUAAAAUGUAAAUAACGUGGGACUGCAGUUGUGAGCUCUGAAGCUUGAUUUUUCACAUGCGGUAUAAUAUCAGUGGUACCAGCACACUGUUACCACGAAACAGAAAUAAAACAGGCUGUCAUCAACAGCAGCAUACUUUGAAACAAAUCACAACUUUUGAUGUUAUCAGUAUGAACUGAUAAAACUAUUCUGCACAGACUGUUGGGCCUUUAUGUCCUAGUGAAUCUGUUACCCUUCAUUAAAAAUGGAGGAGAAAAAAAAGCUACAAGUUCACUGGAAAACAGCUUAGAGUGACAAGUUUUAAUAUUUUUAAUAAAAAACUGCAGUUGUUUUAAA